GUUAUAAAGCAUCAACGAACACAAAACAUCGGAAAUACAAGAUGGAAGCCGGCAAUACAGCUGCUACUGGUAUCGAAUUGCUGAAGACUCUGGAUCGCGUUUUGAUAAGGGAGCAGUCUGGAUCCUACGUCAAUAACAAAUACGUGGUGCUGACCGCAGAGGGCGCUGUUUUGCUGUACGCGAAGGAAGACUCGGGAAUUUUAAACAGAGUGCUGGUCGGCAAGAGCAGAGCGUUUGAAAUCGACGUAUUUGAUACUAACGAUAAAGAAGUGAUAAAAAUCCGUCGGCCGUACACCGUCGGUCCAGAUAAGAUGGAUGUAGCGCUCUGCGGGCAGGCUGCUGCGGUCGUGAGGAAGGAGGUCACCUUCUUCAAGCCGGUGCUGUCUAUCAACGAUGUCAACGAUCACCCCGUAGUGAGGGUCAAGGGACCGGUGUCCAUAUCAUCUGAAUGCAACUUUGAGUUAUAUUCCACUGACAAGAAACGUAUCGGGGACAUCGGCAAGCGCUGGAGCGGCCUCGCGCGCGCGCCCGCCGCCGACCGGGACAGCUUCGCCAUCCGCUUCCCGGUAGACCUCGACGUGCGCUACAAAGCUGCGAUCAUUAGCACUUGCUUUCUCAUUGAUUUCUUGUUCUAUGAAAAUUGAAGACACGCUAAACGAAUCAACCUUUGACAACGAACGCAGUGAAACAAAAUAAAUUGAGCUUUACGUUAUUUACA